AUGGCUUAAAAUGCAGAUGGUAGAAGAUAAUAGUGGCUUUAAAAAGUACAAUCAGAGGAUAAUUUCUAAAAACAAAAAUGGCUUCGUGAUAGAGCUAAGUCAUCUGAGAAUAGUAUUACAAUGGUAUACAAUACCAAAAAUUAGCAAGAUAGGGUUAAAAUUGAAAUGGGCUGUCAAAAUAAAAAAAGUUUUGAGCCACUAAAUACUGAAACAUUAUAUGAUAGUAAAUUCAAGAAACUGGCAUUAAGCAAUGAUAGCAACAAAAGACCUUUUGUAACAAUGAGUAGUAGCAAGGAUAAAGCAUGGAAUAUUGUUCCAUUAAAAGAUGGGAUAACUGAUUAUGAUCCUUACAAUGAAAAAUUCAAGGCAGAUGAAGAUUGCUUUAGAAAAAGAAAUUCACUUAAAGAGGUAGGAAAUGUCGAAUUUGAUUCUAAUGCAAGGCCAGACUUGAUAUGGUCUAAUCGCCUCUAGACAUCAAAUUCUCUCAGGACUUAUCAUUAAAUCAAAGGGUAAAUUAUCACCAUUGAGGGCAACUAUGAAAGUGAGAUAUAAACACCAAGAAAUAAUUUUGAAACUGUCAAGUCACUUAAGAGCAGUAAAACUACUUAAAAUACGAGAUUUUUAAAAAGAAUACAGCUGUAAUAGGGGUCUGAAAAUAGCUCAAACGCUAAUAGAAGCAGAAUAGAAUAUUCUGAUCAAUCAUAGUCUUUAAAUAUAAUUGGUCCAGUGCCAACAAAAUUUAAAAUUUCAAGCGGUGAUGUUUCAAAAGUAGAAGAAAUUAUGAAUCUCAAGAAGGAGUUUACUCAAAAAGCUUCUUUAUUUUAUGUCCCUGAUUAGUAAAUACAGUCAACUUAAAAUAUAAAAUAUAAGGGAUCAGCUGAAAUUUCUGACUCCUAUAUCAUGAGUAAACUUCAGCACCCACAGUAGAAAUCUUAUUAUAAAAGUGCUGAGACAAAUCUCAAAAAAUCAUAGAUUAAAAUCUUAAAUUAAACCUAAGAUAGAAAUCAAGGAGAACAGUAGCUUGUCUAUAAGGAACUUUCAGUAAGACAGGGCUAGAAUACCAACUCAGGGUUUUAAAGAAAUAAUAGCUAGAUGUCUGAAAUUAUCACCACAAUAGACAUUGGUUAAUUACUCCUAAAUGAAAAGCUUAGAGAUGGUUCUAAGGAUAAUAGUCCUUUGAUUUCUUCAAAAAGAUAACUUUCUAUUAACUCUGGAGAAGAUCAGGAUAUCUCACAACAGAUGUAGCUACUCUCCCCAAAUUCAGGAAUUACUCUACCUACUAGCUUAGACUUCUAUACUUCUGAAACUUCUCCUUCAGUCUAAGGUUUUAUGAGUUAAUAAGGCAAAAUAAAGAAUGGAACUAUCAGCAUUUAGGAAGAGUCAGAAGAAACUGAAGAAGAUUCACCUAAAAGAAAAAAAUUAGAAUAAACUUAGCUUAUUAAAAUUCAGAACCAAGCUAGAAAAAGAAAAGACUCCAUAAGCAGUAGUGUAUCUCUUCUAGCUUAAAAAACUAAUUACUAUAAUUAAAUGAAAGCUAAAGCCGAAAUAGAAAAGAAGAAAAGAGAAUUCUAUGCUUUAAACCCAAUUAUUCAUAAAGAUCUUAGAUCAUAACACCUUAAUGAUAUGAUGAGUGAUUUUUUCAGUUCAGACUCAUAAUAAUAACAUGAAGCAGCAGAAUAAAAAGAUUCAUAGAGAAGAAGAAGUUUAUCAAAACGAAAACUAUGA